AUGUCUGCUCUUCCUCCUCAAAAGUUCCUCCCUCUCACCCCGGCUCCCAAGUCUUCUUUCCUGUCUCUCGCCCCAGCCACUUCUCCCUCAUACCCUCAGAAGCCGGCUGCCCGCUCUCACACUCGUCCCUCUGCUCCUCGACGAGCCUCGACUGAGUCGUCCAGCUCCAGCUCCAGCUCCAACAACAGCUACCGCAUCCUCAAGCUUGGACCUGUUCACUACGGCGAGCAUGCCGAUGAGCACAAGACCGACUUUCAUGAUGUUAUCCUUCACUGA